UCCUCGCGUUCGGGUGCGAAACAUUGGCGCAAUGAACAUCGUGCUGACCCUCGCAAGCUUUGCCCUGCUUCAAAAAGUAGUUUCUCAGAGCAGCAUUUGCACGACAUGCUGCCUGUGGGAUGGAGUGCAAGGAUCAUUACGAAAGAAUCUGACAAACUCGAACAGCCAGUUGUCCUAUGCGGUUGGUCUUUGGAUGAAUGAUUUGGACGCAGGGCACGUCUCCACUGCUGUGGCCAGUAUUCUGAUAGAAGAAGUCUUCGGCUAUCACACCAUCAACCGCAGCAGUGGAGGAGGACCACAGGAGGCCUACCGAGCAGUUGCUGGUUGUCUAGAUCCAGGUGAUGAAUCCUCUUGCGGUGCAGCGGCAGGGACGAUCCCCACAAGUUGGCACAUUGCCCUUGAUGUGCGGCAACCUUUUCAAGCAACCACGACUCUGCCUACUUUGGAUUUUGUGGAUGCUGGUGCCAUGUCCUAUGUUGGACGAAGAGGACACUUUCUCAAGAACUCGGUCUCAACAUCAGGUACCAUUCGUUACAUGGAUCUGCAAUUCCUCUCCUUCGACACCAUCAGCUCUGUAGAUAGAUUCUAUUUGAAGCAAUGUACCAACACGCAGCUGGCGAAUACGACCAUGAUCCGGAGCUACUUGGACAUCGUCUCCGACAGCAGCGGUGUAACUUUGGGCAACGGUGGAUUUAUCGCCUUUUGCCCUGCUGAUGGAUACUUCUGGCUGGCGCCAAGCUGUCGUUCCAACAGUUCUCAAUGCAUCCCCUACUUUUUCAACUCGUAUCAUCGCGCAGUCGACGUGUUGGAGGUGAUGCAGAAGGCUGCCGUCUGGAAUAUUCCCUGGGCCAUUAGUGUGGCCUACGAUGAGGCCAGCUUUGAGGAGGUGCUUGCGACCAGCCGAAGCAUGUUUUUCCGCUACACACCAGAUUCACAGGUUGGCCUGGUCUCGCCCGUGGAAGUCAUCUUUCCAGCCCAUAACAGCGCUGCCUGGGCAAAUGGAAAUUUUUCCACAGCUUCAACGGACGUUUCGGUGCAAAAGCUCUUGAGUCAGGACCUCAUAACCCUGGCGCCAGAGGUUGAUGCAUUCAUCGUUGCCUUUGAUCUCACUGCAGCACAUGUGGAGACACUUCUGGCGGAUUCAGAGGCUUUGGGCUCUUUUCGAUCUGGAGCUUGCAAUUGGUUGAAUAAUUGGCCGGAGGUUUGGGAGCCGUGGAUCCAGAGUGUCGCCAGCACCACCACUAGCACCACCAGCACCACCAGCACUACGACCCCAAAUCUAGCGACAAAUACGACAACCCCAGCCAAUACAGGGACGACUGAAGCAGCCUCAGCUUCUUCACCAGAUGAGUUGGUGAUGGGUGCUGUGAACCCUUCCGUCACUGCUUCAGUGCUUGCAUCUAUGGCAGCAGACCGCACUGCCUUUGUUGACGUUCCAUUCUCCGGCUCGCAAUAUAAUUUGGCCAUGGAAAUGAUUGGCAUUCCUACUGUUGGAUGGGCGGCUGACCAGUCGGCCACUUUCCCGGGCAGCGUCAAAGAACUGGUGGUGACACCUGCUGAGCUUUUUCUGACCCCAAAUCCCGCUCUCAUUGUGGCAGAAGGGGGCAGUGACGCUUCCAGCGCCAUACUGCCCUCAGAAGCUAGACCUGGUCAGAACGUGACGGUUUCGGGAGCACAAUAUGAAGUUUCCGGUAUCAUUGUUACAGUUUCAUUGGUGGAGCUUUCAUCUACAAGUUUGAGCCCUUUGGAAGUGACAGGACUACAAACACCUAUCCUUAUCAGGAUGUCAACAACAUCGCCGGCUGCGGAUACUCUUUGUGUCUAUCUCGAUGCAAACAAUGCGUGGUCCCAGGCGGGCGUGUAUCGUCCAACUGCUGCAGAGAUCACCACCAUUUCAGGAAGCCAAGCAGACACAUCAGGCAUAUGGUGCGCCACCGAGCACUUGUCAACUUUCGGGAUUCUUUUGGCAGUGAGCUCUGA